AUGCCGAAGGAGGUCAUUCCCAGUAAAACAAAGGAAGAGCCGAGGGAAUCGAAACGUGCAGUGUCUUCUUCCGUUGUGCACGAUGUCAUCCAUUAUUCUCCUCAUGGAACAGUCCGGGCUUCCACAUUCUCUCCCCCUCCUCCCGAAUCAGAUGUUCCGUUCGUUGAGAGGAAGUCAAACAUCUUGCUGAAUGAUACGAGCGGGUACAAAACGAUUCGAGUAACACAAUUCGAUGGAACUAUAGGCAGGGCAGUGGAGAAGGCAAGGGCGCCGAUACCUCCAAUGCCGGCAACAGUACCUCCAGUGGUUAAAUCUAAAGCCGAAAACUCAUCCACUGCGAAGUCACCCUCACUGCCGAAGAAGACCUAUGAAGAACUUUCGCUUCUUUCUCCCGACGGCGUCGGCGAGCUGCGUAAGGCGGCUGAAAUUACGCAAGACUAUGAAACACUGAAAGCGAAAUUCGAUCUCUGGCAGGCGCUACAGUCAAGUAACCGGCACUCACCGGAGGCGAGACAGCUUCAUAUGGAGCUUAUACAUCAACAUGACUCGCUGAUGAAAAAGCUGCAGCAGGUCACCGACACCACGAUUCCGACGGCAAAGAAACGACCGAGCAUUGCCACAGACACCUUUUCACCUUGGUCUUCAAAUGGUACCCCAAAAACGCCAAAUCAUUACCGGCGUCCUGGCUCCACCGACUCUCGUCAUCCGAUUUCUUCGUAUUCAACGCAUUCUGCGCUCUCAAACCAUUCUCUUUCGCCUACCACAUCGACUUCGAGUGAUGACACCGAACAUUCACUGGUUAUCAUCAAGUCAUCCCGUUCCAUUACUACAGGUAAUACCAUAAAUUUUCUCCCACUUAACUAUUUCGUUUCAUAG